AUGUAUAACCCUAUCCCGUCAUCUGAUAUAGGUAGAUGGAGAAACGCUCCUCAAGAUCCAAAAAACUCGUACUCUCCCUAUAGCUCGAGACCAUUAGCCAAAAACCUUGGUUCUGGUCUUACAAUUCCUGCGCCUUGUACCGCAUCAUCGUCACACCCUAGAUUAUUGCCCACCUUACCUCUUUCACCUCAAAACGAUAAUACUGCAUACGAAAGAUCGUCGCAUCCAACCAUCUUGGUAGCUCCAACACCAUCACCUCCUGCUAGAGAAGAUAGGUUGCCACUUGAUGAGAAUGAUUCUAUCGUCAAAUGUCCACUGAAGCGUCGAGUACGAGCUUCAUCCAAAGAUACAGGUCCCUCGAAGGUUCCACGAAUAGUCACGCCAUCGCGAGAUCCUUGUAAAUUAACAUCAUCAUCAUUAGGUACUAAAGAAGAAUCUUCUCUCAACCUUGACCAUCACCCUUCUGCCCAACUGCCACGUUCGUCUGGAGUCGAAUCAACGAGCAGAAAUGCAGAUAAACCUGUUAGAGAGACCACCUCCCAUAGAACGAGACUUUCCAUCCAACUCGCCAACAUAGAGUAUGAGUUAUCUCACAUUAUGGACACGGUGUUCCCCAACACCGAUGAGACUUUCACUUCGACCUGUUACUCUUGUAAAAGUCUGCUAUUGAAGUGUACAGGUAGAGAUUGUGCUGGCUGUAAAUCUCGACAAGAAUUAUGUAUACCUUGUCCAAGACAACUUGAUCAAUGUACUCUAUCAGAACAAUCUCAGAUCAAUGAGUAUAUUCGACUGUGUCAGUUGUGCUUUAAAUUGGACCAACAAGAGUCAAAGAGAAAAAGUGUAUAA